UUUUCAUUUACUUUGCUCACUUUGGGCCAGGGCGAGGGAGGCUCCGGAUCCCAGCCGAGGGAGAGGAGGGGGGAGAAACCAGCUAGGGGGCGCCCCAACCAACCCCUCCCACCCAGGCCAUAGCAGGGGGGAGUCACCCACCCCAACCCCAUCCGCACCCCGCGAAAAAGAGAGAGAAAAAAGAAACCGCCAGAGAAACCCUCCAGCAACACCCACCCCCGGCAGGAGCAAGGAGCCGCCCGCGCUGCAGCUGAGGACGAAGAUCGCUUGGAGCCAAAUCUUGUGUAUGUUGUUUGUCUCUUUCAAUACACUGCCCUGACUUGCUUGCUGUGAAGGGAGUAUGCAUCUGGAGAUCAAAGUUGCUCUGAACUUCAUCAUCUCGUACCUGUAUAACAAGCUUCCCCGGAGGCGGGCAGACCUGUUUGGUGAAGAGCUAGAACGCCUGCUGAAGAAGAAAUAUGAGGGCCACUGGUACCCGGAAAAGCCUCUGAAGGGUUCUGGCUAUCGCUGCGUCCACAUCGGGGAAACGGUGGAUCCGGUGGUGGAACUGGCAGCCAAACGGAGCGGGCUGGCCGUAGAGGACGUGCGGGCCAAUGUGCCUGAAGAACUGAGCGUCUGGAUCGAUCCUUCAGAGGUCUCCUACCAGAUUGGCGAGAAAGGGUCUGUCAAGGUCCUGUAUCUGGAUGACAGUGAGGGCUGCAGUGCAGCUGAGCUGGACAAGGAGAUCAAGAGCAGCUUCAACCCUGAUGCCCAGGUGUUUGUCCCCAUUGGUAGCCAGGACAACUCCUUGUCCAACUCGCCAUCGCCAUCCUUUGGCCAGUCACCCAGCCCCACCUUCAUCCCCCGCUCUGCCCAGCCCAUCACCUUUACCACUGCCACGUUUGCUGCCACAAAGUUUGGCUCCACCAAGAUGAAGAAGGGUGGGGGUGGGGGAGCAGGAGCUCAACAGCAGCAGCAAAGGAUGGCCAGGUCACCCACCAACAACCUGCUGAAGCACAAGGGCCUCUCCCUCUCUAUGCAUUCUCUGAACUUCAUCGGGGGCGGGGGGAGUCAAGCUCCUCAGUCGCAGCUCUCCCCCAAUGCCAAGGAGUUUGUUUACAAUGGCGGAUCGUCUGGAGCCAGCGGCCUCUUCUUUGAGGGUGUCACCAAUGAGAAUCAGGGCGGCAGCAUCCCGCCGGCCUCCCAGUUCAACACUAGCACCAGCGGCGGCAGCGGCUUUGACAUGGCUCAGGUCUUCAGCAGCAGCAACAACAGCCUCUUUCUGGAGAAGUCUCCCUUUGUGGAAGGACUCAGCUACAACCUGAACGCCAUGCAGUAUCCCAGCCAGUCUUUCCAGCCUGUCGUCCUGGCCAACUGACCGGGAGGAAGGAGAGUAUUUGGGGAAAACAAGAAUUAAAAAAAAAAAAAAAAAGAGAAGAAAAAUGAAAAAUAGAAAUAUACAAAAAUUUGAAAUCUUAUAAAUAUAGCUUCUUGGAAAGAGAGACAACCCCGGAGUCAUUGUGCUGUGCCGGGCAGCGCUCCUGAAGCACUGAAUUGUUUUUUAACUCAAUCCCCGUGCUUUUUCCUACCCACUUUUUUACUCCUGUAAUGGGUUUGUUUGAUCCAGAAAUGGUAGAAACAAAGGUCACUUUAUCUUCCUGUCUCCCAACUUCCUCCUCAGAGCUGGGCUUUAGUAUCUUGUUCUUUGGUGUAGAGAUGGCCUGUUCUGGGCAUUCCCAUAUCCUUGGGUGCUAGGCUGCCUUGCUGAGAGGGGCGAGGGUAUUUGUUUGGUUUUCAGUGCCGGGCAAGAGGUGCACAGUUUCAAUGUAUGCUUCCCAGAGAGGUAUGUGGGGGGCUUGCUUCUUACCAUGAUUCCUCUCCUCUCCCAGGGAACAGACAGGGUGAGUUUACCGAGUUCCCCUUACCCUGCCUGCUUUAGACUGCUAUGAUCUUGUCAUCCAAAACCCUUCAAAACUGCCACAGUUGAUGCCAGCCUCUGUUUUGGAAUAAGAUUCCCCCAAUCUCCUUUUCCUUGGCAGGCGGGUAAGUUGGAGCACUACUAUGAAACAGCUGCUUCCUGCUGUCUUCCCUCUCUACACUUUCACCCAGAGGUGAAUGCUGGAGAAGAACAGCACUGUGUUAUACCAGUGAGUCCAUUUAUGAUUCCUACUCCCACCCUCAUGCACGAAGGAUCUUGUCUGAGCUGGUCUCUUCAAGUUGGGCAGAGCCAGUGUCAGUUCAAUAGGGUUGCUAUUAUAUACAAGCACUACAGUAGGUGUACCCACUGCUGUUUAUAGGGAGGAAGUAUCAGUCCUUAUGUAUUGCACUUCUCUUUCAGGGGACAUGGUUAGAUAUGCUGCCUCUCACAUUCUUAUGUGCUUUUCUUCCCCUCCAAUGUAAGCAGCAUCCACUGAUGUUCCUUUGGAGCAGUCUCCAAAUGUUUUGAGUUCUCUUACUCUCAGCUACCUUUGGUUACAGGCUUUCGGGGGGAAAGGGUUUCCUGCUUUUGAAGAGGCAGCACCGCUUUCUGGAGAGAGCAGGGGGUUGCAUCCCCCAGGCUGCUUUCCUGAUUGAUAGCUUGAGGGAUGUCACUUCCUGUUUUCUCUUAUUAAAAGAUAUAAUAAAGUGUGACCAAACUCCCUUUGCUUUCCUUCUGGAAGGAUGGGGAAGGAAGGGGAGGGGCAGGUGACUUAGUACAGAGGGGAAUGCCCAGGGGGGAUUGUACUCAGCCCCUAGUGUUAACUGAUCAAUCCAGGCAGAGAGACACAGUCUAGAGGGGGCUCGCUGCAGAAUAGGGACUAAUACUUUGAAAUGACUGAUGGUGUGGGGAGAAGAAACUGAUAUUCCAGGACCUAGAUGAAUAGUUGUCCCCUCCUCAUUAUUGGGAGUAACAAAGAACUAGGAAUCCUAAAGCUGCUCCCUAGUUUUUCCCUUCACACACACACCCCAAAAAAAUGCUGGAACAAGGGAAGGAGUAGGACAGUAGUGGCCUUUGAUAGUCUGCUUCUGCAUCUUGUUAUUCCAUAGCCUGCCUCCAUGAUGUGUGGGAAUCCCUAUUUCUCCCAGGUGGGGCAACCUAGAACCCCCUGGGAUUGGGGACUCCAGGUGGGAAAACUGCCUCCUGGGGUGUCAGCCUUGGGCUAGGAAGACCGUGAAGAGGAAAGGUCUGAAGCAGAUGCAUCUAGCUUUGGGGCAUUCCUUUUUUAACAAUCUUUUCCAGCUCUGCUGUCUCCCAUGUUUGUUUUUAACUAAACCUGUCUCUGGAGCUUCUUCCGAGACUCACCUCAAGUAAUUAAGGGAUAAGAUCCAGUUUACUUUUCCAAAACUUCACUGUCUAUCAGUGGGAGGAGGCUUUGAACUCCCAUUUCUCCCCACCCCCAAAAACCCCCGAGUUGAUGACGCUCCAGCCCUCAUGUCUUUGUGUGUGUGUGUGUUGUGAAUGAAUCUUAUUUGGGUUAAGGAGACUGCCCUGCCACAACUGACACUACCCUGGUCUCAGUAGGGGGCUUGUUUCUAAAUCCCCAUCACUAUUGCAUUAAUGGGAAGAGCACUCUUCUGAUUGGGUUGAAUCCCAACACACCAUUUCCCAAAACAGGCUGCUUGCCACUUAUUGGCUGUGACCCAAAUGGCGGGUGGGUGGGAGGCAAGGGCAGCCACUACUAAGCAGUCUAUCCUAGCAUGAGGUGUGAAACCUGCAGGUUGAAGAUGGAAAAACUAGACUGAGACUCGGGGGAUCUGUUUAGCUGAUCCUCUUUCCCACCAACUUUACUACUGCCACCCAGUUCCUCCCCUUUGAGCGUACUAUAGACUGCCAGACUAUUGCACUGGACUAAAUAACUCUCCGCACCUCAGGGGACCGGCUGGCUUCGCAGCCCAGUUUCCUUUGUUGUUUCCACCCGUCUCAUCCUUCAGCAAAAUGCUGCCACAAGUCACUGCCUUUGUGCACCCUCUUAUGGCGUAGGAAGGGAGGGAGAGAUGGAACAUCACCAGCCACCUGCUAUGUGUGUGUGAAGCUUUGACGCUGCUUUAACCUGCUUACACGUAUUGUAACUGCUUUAAAAAUAGUGUUGCAAAGACGAGGAGGGAAAGGGGAGGGGACCAACCUCUUUGUAUCUUAAAGGGGAAAAAAGCGUGCUUCAGAAGCGUUUCUCCAGCACUGGUGGCAAUUAAACUAAUGGCCUUUUUUGGUCUGGUUUUGGAUUUAGGCGUUCAGCUUCGAUUUUAUUUUUUAAAACCUGCACUAAUUAACCUGGUUUCUUAGGAAAAGAGAGCAAGAGAGAUUUUUUUUUUAACUUUUAUUUUUUAUGGGUUUGUGUUUUUUUGUUGAUGUCCGUUUGUAUUGAAUAAUUUGCUACAUUUGUAAAAUGUAAGAGGUAUAUAUAAUAUAUGUAUAUUUCUAACGUAAAAAAUGUAAUUUUUUCUUUGAGAUUUUUUCUUAAGAGGAGAGAAAAUAUUUUUUCAGGAAAAAAAACUUUAAAAAAAAAAAAGCAGUGAAAAUUCCUUUCUCCAUCCCCCAGCUCCCUCCUUCCCCCUCCCUAACCCCUUGUGAAGAGAGAAUCAACAACUGUAUGAUCUUGGAGACAGAGAGAGAAAAUGUGUGAACACAAAGAGGACAGAAUUAUGUAUGUUUCUUAAUGUAGAAGGUUCCUAUGUUUGUUCUGUUUGUUUUUAUGAGAAGGGGUCUACUGAGAGGGGGAUCAGGGGGUUGCUGUUUUUUUCUUUAGCGAAGGAGGAAUACAAUCAGAGUUUUGUAUUCAGAAUGUUGUGCAAUAUUUUGGAACGGGACAUUGGCGUGUCUAGAGAUUUAGUUAAAAACAAAACAAAAAGUUGAUCAAAUCUGUACAGUUUCUAUUGUUCCAGAUUUUUUUAAGUUUGUAUUAAAAGCAUGAUAUAUAAUA